GAAAAAAAAAAAGUAGACUUUCCAAAUGCUUAUUUAAGUUCUGGAAAUAUAUUUGCUAGUUCCUUAAGUGGUUGUCAGUCUAUCACUUCACCACUGCAUAGCAGCACUUUUAUCAGUAAAGAUGGAGUAGUAAGUGACGAUGGAUGCUGCAGGAGUUGCUUAAGUGCAGACAAACAAAACCAGUAUGAAAAAAAUUGUGCCACUAUGCACAAUCUAUCCACAGGUAGUCCUACUGUAACAGAUUUAUACUUCCAAUUACAGGCUAAAGAAACAGUGUAUUUUUCUUUACAAGGACAUACUCAGACAAAUAAGGCUGCCAGUUUAGAGGCAGCAACUUGGAAACAACAUCGUGAAUAUGUAAAAGAACAGGAAGGGAUAAGUGAUGAACAAAUGCAUGUAACUAAUGAAAGUCAAUGUGAGAGUGUAAUGAAUGACUUGAUUAUGUCAUAUUCAGAAGAUGAAUCUAAAACAUUCAUUGCUGCAGAAGAGAAAUUAAAAAUGCAUUUAUCUGUAAUGAACAAUGGAUGUCUUGAAGAUGUAAAAGAUGAGUAUUUACCUUCAGAAAACAAAAUCACAUAUGAAUUUGAACUGAAGAGGAAAUUUGAUUUAGUGCUAGAAGAGCUACAUAUGUUUCAUGAAAUUAGCAAGGGAAACGAAAACAAUUUAUCUAGUGUGGAAACAAACUCACAUAACAAUUAUCGUGCAUUAAAUAAUUCUGAGGGAAUAGAUGAAAAUGUGGAAAGUGUUUAUGAAAAGAAAACAUGUGUUUCUUCUCCGGUCUGUGGUACUAUAGAAGGGCAAAACAUAACUGACAGCGAUGAAAGUUCAUUUAAUGAAAAAAUAUCACAUGAAAAUGAAGACCAAGAAACACCUAAGGACUAUUGCAUUUCAAGACUGCUAAGUGAAGAAUUGCUACAUUCACCUAUUGCAGAAGUUUAUAAAAUGCCAUACGCAUGGGACCCUGCUUUUUUGUCCUGCAUGCUUUUGAGGGAACAAAAUUAUAAUUUACAGAAAGAGGGAGGAUACUUUCUGCCACGUGAAGUUGCAAGAGUACAGCCUCUUAAAACAUGCAAGGGCCCCAUCAGGAUUGGUCUGUCAAGAAAAGCUAGACCCCAGAAGCUUCAUCCUUAUCUGAAAUAACUUACUGGGUUCUCUUACGAGUAUUCACAUGGAAACACUCUGCCUGAAAGCUGUUGAAAUGUUUUUAUGCUAAGCUGCUAUGUUGAUAGUUUGAUCUUUUUGCCUUAUGGUUUUUUUUUUGUUUUUUUUUUUUUUUGGUAUUAAUAUCAAGUACUUGUUCAUGAUUUAUUUAGGAAUACUCCUGUGAGUAUUUGAUAGCAAAGGGAUUUAUGAUUAAUGUUUACUAGUAGAAAUGUUAAUGGAAAGAUGGGAAUGUUUUAAAGUUUAUGUGAUAUUAAUAAAA